CUAGUUCCUUGUGAGAGUUAGAGAAGUCGGUCUGUAAAGCUCUCGAGCAUCAUUUAUCAAUCCACAAGCUUUCUACAAACAUCAUUGGCAUCAUUUUCCCAACUUCAAGGGCCCUUCAAAAUGUCCUCUCCUGCCCCCCUCACUGGCAAAAUCGCCCUCAUAACUGGCGCUAGCAAAGGCAUUGGUGCAGCGGUAACCACACAACUCGCCUCCCUAGGUGCCAAAGUCGUAAUCAACUACUCCUCUGACGCCGCACCCGCCGAAGCCCUUGUCAAGAAAAUUGGCAGCGACAAUGCCAUCGCCAUCAAAGCCGACGCUGCAGAUGUGAAAGAGAUUGAACGCCUAGUCAAAGAGACGGUGGAGAAGUGGGGUAGGAUUGAUAUCUUGAUGCCGAACGCUGGGAUAAGUCCUAUGAAAGAUUUGGAGAACACAACGGAGGAGGGUUUUGAGAGGGUGAUGGGAUUGAAUGUUAAGGGGCCGUAUUUUUUGUGCCAGAAAGCACUCCCCCACAUGCCCUCUGGCUCCCACGUCAUUCUCGUCUCCACCUCUCUCUGCACCCUCUCCACUGUAACCCCUGGCUAUCUCCUCUACAACACAUCCAAAGGCGCCAUCGAGCAAAUGACACGCGUUCUCGCCAAAGACCUCGGCCGCAAAGGCAUCAACGUCAAUGCAGUAGCCCCAGGUCCCACGGCCACGGACCUCUUCAUGCGCGGCAAGAGUGAGGAACUGGUGAAGACGAUAGCCGGGUGGAAUCCGUUUAAUCGGCUUGGUGCGCCUGAGGAUAUUGCAAACGUGGUAACUUUUUUGGCGGGCGAGGGGGGCAUGUGGGUGAAUGGACAGAUUUUGUAUACAAAUGGUGGAAUGACAGUUGGGUAGGGGAUGGUUGAGCAGAAAUAGGACGUUUUGCUAGCCUCGGAAGUAUUAGUGAUAGGGCUUAGAUUGGGAGAUUUAGGGUUGUUGGGAAGGGGGUGAUGGUAUGAGAGAUGUUUAAAUAAAUAAGCUUGGUAGUGGUGAGCCAAUUAUGACCGUCUCAAAAG